GGCGCGUCGGGCUGGAGCCGGUCACGAUGCCCCGAAGGAAGCAAAGCCACCCGCAGCCCGUGAAAUGCGAGGGGGUCAAAGUGGACACCGAAGACUCCCUCGAUGAAGGACCGGGGGCCCUGGUGCUGGAGAGUGACCUGCUGCUAGGCCAGGACCUGGAGUUUGAGGAGGAAGAGGAAGAGGAGGAAGGUGACGGCAGCAGCGACCAGCUCCUGGGCUUCGAGAGAGACUCCGAAGGAGACUCUCUGGGGGCCAGGCCUGGGCCUCCCUACGGGCUGAGUGACGACGAGUCUGGGGGUGGCCGGGCACUAAGUGCGGAGAGUGAAGCUGAGGAGCCAUCCAGGGGCCCAGGGGAGGCUAGGGGUGAGAGGCCAGGCCCAGCCUGCCAGCUGUGUGGGGGGCCGACAGGUGAGGGGCCGUGUUGUGGGGCAGGAGAGCCGGGUGGGGGGGCCCCGAUGCCCCCACGGCUACUAUACUCAUGUCGCCUCUGCGCCUUCGUGUCCCACUACUCGAGCCACCUGAAGCGGCACAUGCAGACCCACAGCGGGGAGAAGCCGUUCCGCUGUGGCCGCUGCCCCUACGCCUCAGCCCAGCUCGUCAACCUGACACGACACACUCGCACCCACACUGGCGAGAAGCCCUACCGCUGUCCCCACUGCCCCUUUGCCUGCAGCAGCCUGGGCAACUUGAGGAGGCAUCAACGCACCCAUGCAGAGCCCCCCCCUCCUCCCUGCCCGACCUGUGGCUUCCGCUGCUGUGCUCCUCGUCCAGUCCGGCCUCCCAGUCCCACAGAGCAGGAGGGGACAGUGCCCCGGCGACCUGAAGAUGCUCUGCUGCUUCCAGAUUUGAGCCUCCACGUGCCGCCAGGUGGUGCCAGUUUCCUGCCAGACUGUGGACAGCUGCGGGGUGAAGGGGAGGGCCUUUGUGGGACCGGAUCAGAACCACUGCCAGAGCUGCUGUUCCCUUGGACCUGCCGAAACUGUGGACAAGAGCUGGAGGAGGGCGAGGGUAGUCGGCUGGGAGCCGCCAUGUGUGGGCGUUGCAUUCGAGGAGAGGCUGGAGGUGCCAGUGGGGGGCCUCAGGGCCCUAGUGACAAAGGCUUUGCCUGUAGCCUCUGCCCCUUUGCCACUCACUAUCCCAAUCAUCUGGCCCGGCACAUGAAGACACACAGUGGUGAGAAGCCCUUCCGCUGUGCCCGCUGUCCCUAUGCCUCUGCUCAUCUGGAUAACCUGAAGCGACACCAGCGCGUCCACACGGGAGAGAAGCCGUACAAGUGCCCCCUCUGCCCCUAUGCCUGUGGCAACCUGGCCAACCUCAAGCGUCACGGUCGCAUCCACUCUGGGGACAAACCUUUUCGGUGUAGUCUUUGCAACUACAGCUGCAACCAGAGCAUGAACCUCAAACGCCACAUGCUGCGGCAUACAGGCGAGAAACCCUUCCGCUGUGCCACCUGCGCCUACACCACGGGCCACUGGGACAACUACAAACGCCACCAGAAGGUGCAUGGGCAUGGUGGCACAGGAGGACCUGGCCUUUCUGCCUCUGAGGGCUGGGCCCCACCUCACAGCCCCACCUCUGUUUUGAGCUCUCGGGGUCCGUCGGCCCUGGGCACCACUGGUAGCCGGGCUCUCCAUACAGACUCACCCUGAACUAGGUCCUUCUCCAGGGCUGUAGGAUUAGCCCUGACCCUCCUGUAAUGGACCAGAAGCCACCUUCUCUUUCCUCCCCCGCUGGCCAGGGGCUCCAACAGACUAACUUAGGCACACUAUGGACCACGGGCCUUGCCUUGACUGGUGCACUUCAUGAGCUCAGUGAGAAGGGCCCUGUAUACACCUCCACUGCUCCCAGAGGCUGUGGAGAAACUGGCUGGGGGACUGCCCAGCCUCCCACCUGUUUAUUUAACUUAUUUCAGUACUUUAUAAUAAAGGAAACACUAACAAA